AUGAAUGGCACUGACAUGGAGGAAAUACCGUUUCAGAAAGUCAAGACCAAGAGGAAGAAGUGCUGCCACUGCUGCUGCUCCCCGCCGGCCGCCGCGGCGGCGGGAGCCGGGCUGGGGGACCCCCCUCCCCUGCUGCUGCUGGAUGCCAUCGCCUGCGAGGACGAGUUUGACUGCAAGGAGCUGGAGGCUCUCUUCCAGAGCUACAACCUGAAGCUGGAGCAGACGUCCACCCUCAAGGCGCUGGCCGUCCUCAUCGUGCUCACCGCCAGCCUGGCCCUGCUGGAGCUGCUCUCCGGCCCCAGCCUGACCAUCUCCAAAGGCUCCCACCCGGUGCACUGCAUCAUCUUCCUCUCCCUCUUCAUCGUCACCAAUGUCAAGUACCUGCAGGUCACCCAGCUGCAGCAGAUCGUCAAGCUCACCCUGCUCUUCAGCUUCACCUUCUCCUUCCUCUGCUGCCCCUUCUCGCUCGGCGCCUACGGCAUGGAGCCCCCCAGCGCCCCCGAGCAGGGCAUGUGGCAGCUCAUGCUGGUCACCUUCGUCUCCUACUCGCUGCUGCCCGUCCGGACCCUGCUGGCCAUCGUCUUCGGGCUGGUGGUCUCCGUCUCCCACCUCAUCGUCACCGCCGCCUCCGUCAGUGCCAAGCGGCAGCGGCUCUGGAGGACGCUUGUGGCCAAUGCAAUCCUUUUUGUCAGUGUAAAUUUGUAUGGGGUCUUUGUGAGGAUUUUGACAGAAAGGGCUCAGAGGAAGGCGUUCCUUCAGGCCAGGAACUGCAUUGAGGACAGGCUGAGGCUGGAGGAUGAAAAUGAAAAACAGGAACGUCUCUUGAUGAGUCUUUUGCCCAGGAAUGUUGCAAUGGAAAUGAAGGAAGAUUUCCUGAAGCCUCCUGAAAGGAUUUUCCACAAGAUUUACAUUCAAAGGCAUGACAACGUUAGCAUUUUGUUUGCAGACAUUGUGGGGUUCACUAGUUUGGCAUCGCAGUGUACUGCCCAAGAGCUGGUGAAGCUGCUGAAUGAGCUCUUUGGCAAAUUUGAUGAAUUAGCUACAGAAAACCACUGCAGAAGAAUAAAAAUCCUAGGGGACUGUUACUACUGUGUAUCAGGAUUGACCCAGCCCAAAACAGAUCAUGCCCAUUGCUGUGUUGAAAUGGGACUGGAUAUGAUUGACACCAUCACAUCUGUUGCAGAAGCCACAGAGGUUGAUCUCAACAUGAGAGUUGGAUUGCAUACAGGCAGGGUGCUUUGUGGGGUCCUGGGUCUCCGAAAAUGGCAAUACGAUGUCUGGUCAAAUGAUGUGACUUUAGCUAAUGUCAUGGAAGCUGGAGGACUGCCUGGGAAAGUUCACAUUACAAAGACCACCUUAGAGUGCCUAAAUGGGGACUACGAGGUCGAACCAGGACAUGGUCAUGAACGGAAUAGUUUCUUGAAGAAGCAUAAUAUUGAAACCUAUUUUAUUGUGCCAUCCCAUCGCAGGAAGAUAUUUCCUGGACUGAUUCUCUCAGACAUUAAGCCUGCCAAAAGAAUGAAGUUCAAGACAGUCUGCUACCUGCUCGUUCAGCUCAUGCACUGUCGUAAGAUGUUCAAAGCGGAGAUCCCUUUCUCCAAUGUCAUGACCUGUGAGGAUGACGAUAAGAGGAGAGCAUUAAGGACGGCCUCUGAAAAACUCAGGAAUCGUUCCUCUUUUUCUACCAAUGUUGUAUACAACACUCCAGGAACUCGAGUAAACCGAUACAUCAGCCGUUUGAUAGAGGCCCGGCAAACUGAGUCUGAGAUGGCUGACUUGAACUUCCUUACCCUGAAGUAUAAGCAAAUUGAGCGUGAAAAUAAAUACCACCAGCUUCAGGAUGAGUACUUCACCAGUGCUGUAGUUCUCUCACUAAUUCUAGCUGCCUUAUUUGGCCUUGUCUACCUUCUGAUAAUACCACAGAGUACCGUAGUUCUCGUUCUCCUGGUGUUCUGCAUAUGCUUCCUAGUGGCUUGUAUUAUGUACCUACACGUCACACGAGUACAAUGUUUUCCAGGGUGCCUGACAAUACAAAUUCGUACCAUUUUGUGUAUUUUUAUUGUGAUCUUAAUAUACUCCGUGGCUCAAGGAUGUGUGGUUGGCUGUAUGCCUUGGGUUUGGAAUACCAAUUCCAGCAGUUCCAUAGUUAUCAUUUCUCCUGGUGGAACAAAUAAAACAAUGAAUGAACUUCCGUGUGACACAGCCCACUAUGCUUUCCUUUCCUGUGUGGUGGGGACUCUCACCUUGGCAAUAUUUCUACGUGUAUCUUCCUUGCCAAAAAUUGUUCUCCUGAUUUUUGUUACAAUUUUGUACAUAACUAUUCUGGAACUCAGUGGUUACAGAAAAGCUGUGGGGGGCGGCUCCUUUUAUAUGCGUGGCUAUGAACCAAUACUUGCCAUUCUGCUAUUUUCUUGUGCUUUGGCACUGCAUUCCAGACAGGUGGACUUGAAGCUACGUCUGGACUACCUCUGGGCUGUGCAGGCAGAAGAAGAGAGAGAUGAUAUGGAGAGAGUCAAGCUGGACAAUAAAAGAAUUCUCUUCAACCUGUUGCCAGCACAUGUUGCACAGCACUUUCUUAUGUCCAAUCCAAGAAAUAUGGACCUUUAUUACCAGUCAUACUCACAAGUGGGAGUGAUGUUUGCUUCGAUCCCAAAUUUCAAUGAUUUCUACAUCGAACUGGAUGGCAAUAAUAUGGGAGUGGAAUGUUUACGCCUGUUAAAUGAAAUUAUUGCUGAUUUUGAUGAGCUUAUGGACAAAGAAUAUUAUAAGGACAUAGAAAAGAUCAAGACAAUUGGAAGUACGUAUAUGGCAGCUGUGGGACUCGUACCUACUUCGGGAACUAAGGCUAAAAAAUCAAUUUAUUCCCAUCUGAGUACACUGGCAGAUUUUGCAAUAGAGAUGUUUGACGUUCUGGAUGAAAUCAACUAUCAGUCUUACAACGACUUUGUCCUACGAGUUGGUAUUAAUGUCGGGCCGGUAGUGGCUGGAGUCAUCGGAGCCAGAAGACCACAGUAUGAUAUCUGGGGGAACACUGUAAAUGUUGCCAGCCGGAUGGAUAGUACUGGAGUGCAGGGGAAAAUUCAGGUGACAGAAGAAGUUCAGCGGAUAUUAAAAAGGUGCAGUUACGAAUUUCUGUGCAGGGGUAAAGUCAGUGUAAAGGGAAAAGGCGAAAUGCUGACCUAUUUCCUGGAAGGAAAGGCCGAUGGAAAUAAUGCACAAACACGGUCUUUAAACUUAGAGCGGAAAAUGUACCCUUACGGGAGAGCAAACAUUCAAACAAAACUGGGCACCAGCUGUCCGUCGGUCUCCUCAGUUGCUGGCUUUACUGUAAAAGCUGGGCUUGGAGCAGGUCAAGCAUCUGCCACUCACGCAAAUCAAACACUGCAUUAUCUUCCUUCUGUGCCAGCCGUGAAGGAGGCGUAGA